AUGCGCAACCUCUGGGCGCAAGUUCUUGAAUUCCGUGGCAUCUACCUGUGCCUGGGUGCUGGCUGGAGUACUACCCAGGUCUGGGCACUGCGCAGAGACUGGGGGGCAGAGAGAAGGGGAACGACAUACAAAUUCUGGAACCUGGAACCGCCCUGGAGCCGUUCUGGCGCAUUGGUCAGUGUCUGGUACACUGGUGCGCGCCCCUCUCGGUGUAUCCCCCUGGCAAGCGAAAGGACUGGACACACACUGGCCAAAGGUAGAGCUGCUGCUGUAGCAGAGAGAGAGAGCGAGAGAGGCAGCUGGCAGCAGAGUAAAGGCGAAGAAAAGCGGCACCACAGUUUGGGCGAGCCCACAGUCAAGGGACGUGAGAUAUCCACAGCCCUCGGUCCAGCCAUGCGCCCCUCCCUAAAUCUCUCUUCCCAGGCCAUGGGGAGCCGUGGGAGACGGACAAGGCAGAGUUGUAGAAAGCCAUGGAGUAAUAUGUACAUUACCACAGAACCUUGCAGCUCAAGGUACCUGUGUCCUUGUAGAUAUCCGCAGUACCUUUUACCCAGUACACAUGUGUGA